AUGGAUUUAAACAGCAGCAAACUGUAUCACCCUGAUGAUAUAAUACCUCUCCAGAUACAAUCAAACUCCAAUGAUACAACAUCUCUUCUAAAGCACUCCUCACACUACAAUAGUUCAACAUUUCUUUUGAACGAAACAACAUUCAGCGAGGAAAUUUUUGAGCAAACAGGUCACGUGAUAUUUUUAAGUUUUCUCUUCGUCUUCAUCCUUCUUCUCAACUCAUCAGUCCUCUUGAACAUCGUCAUGUUUUCCAGGGAGAAGAAGAUAUCCAGGAUGAACUUCUUCAUUUGCAACCUCGCCUUUGCCGGACAAAAUCCAGUGUAG